CUGCCAGAGACGAGCUCAGUUUUCGUACAGGUGUCGACCCGCGUGCAAUCACCCGGUGCGGCGCAACAUAAUCAUAUUUUAAAGUAUUAUCGUAUACAUAAAAUAUAAUAUUGUCGAUAUCGUUUCGUUUGCGUAAUUUAUCGUUUACAACAAUCCGUUCGGAAUUAUUAUUAUCGGAGUGUGCGGUGUUUUAAUUAACUAAUCUUUGUCGAUUGUGUCCAUUUUUUUUUUUUUUAAUACUAUUUAAAUUUUUUAUUAUUUAUUUUCAUAGUUUUAAUUUUUCGCGUUUUAAGUAACACACAGAUGAACAGUGCUCGGUGAUCGCCGCCUCGGAUGGAAUAUCGUUUUUCGAAAUAUUAUGACUUACAGUGAUUACUACUGCUAACGAGGACAUCUUUGGGGCUAAUGUAAUAAACCCUAAUAACAAUAACAGGAAUAAAAAAAAAAAAGUGAAAAGACCAAUGUCGUUGGUUCCCAAUCAACGUGAACGGACAACCCGUAGAUGGUCACGCGAUUUAUACAGUACGCAUAGUCCAUAGACGUAUGGUGACGAUGAGCGCGACAACAACGACUACGGCCGACUGCGAGCUGCUGGGUCGGGGACCCGUUCAAGGAUCCGCCGACUCGGACAGCCUGGCCACGCUGGUCAGACAGCUGUGCAAGAAGCAGCAACAGCGCGGACGGUUGCCGGGACGACGUUGCACGGUAUCGUGCAGCCGGGACGCCGGUCUGGAGAUCGUGCCGUACCAGAGGAAGAGGCCGGACGACGAGGGUUUCGAGUCGGACGAGGACUUGGCGUCCCUGGGCUCGUACGAUGAUCCUGCCAAGAGGAAAACGGGAACGUUGGCCGCCGUGUCGGCUGCGGCUGGUGCGUCGUCGGACAGCGCCAACAGCAGUGGCGUUUCCGAAGACAGCGAUGACGCGGACGCCGCUUCGCUGAGAGGCGGACAGCCGCCAGUCGCGAUCGCCGUCGAGCCGACCGACGGGUCCGGUCGCGAGGCGUAUGGACUGACCGACGUGGCGUUCUGUCACACGGACGCGGCCGCGCUGCCCGGCAUCGCGGUAUGGGUGAUCAAGACCAGGAGGACGCCAUCCGCGGGCCUGGAAGCCAUCGUAGUCCGGAGCCGGGACAACCGGCUGCAGGACGUGUGCCGGGCUUACCAAGAGCACAGCAGGCGCUUGAAGCUGGAACCCAAGCCUUGGGCAUCAGGCCACGCAAAUGGCGGACCGCUGUCGUCGCAGAGGCGCAAGACCGGCAGCGGCGUAGUCAGCGGUGCCACGAACGGCCACGUCGCGCUUACGGCGAUGCCCGAAGUGAACCGCUUCAACCUGGUGCAGCGGACCGACACCGACGGGGUGACGCACAUCGAAGUCACGGCGGGACCCGUAGUGGCGGCGGCAGCGGCCAACUCAGCCACCAGGGACUCGUCUAUCAUAAGCAUAAGCACACCUGAAUCGCCGAGACCGACGGCCAAAGACCGAUUGUUCGGAGACGAGGACGACCGUGACCGAGACGACGGCGGCAGCGGCGACGGUGGCGUCGAGCCGCCUCCGCAGCGACCGGAAAGGAGGAAGUACAAGGUGAAAUCAGACGGCAGUGACGGAAGCAAUGAAGACUAUAGGCGGCAACAAAAGGUGGUCAGGGGUCAGUUUAUCAGGGUCAACGUCAACCACAGCGCCGUGGUGCCACCGGCCAGCCCGGAACCGGAAAGGAAGUCCGGUCUGCAGGAGUCGCAGGCCAAGGCGACCACCGGACCGUCGCCGACGACCGUCGUCUCGGACCGGCUGUGGUCGACGGCAGAUUACGACAGGUUGGACGGCCGGUACGAACAACACAGACGGUCCAGCAACAGUCGGACUAGGAGCAGGAGUACGGGACCGGGUCGCCGGCAACAGCAUCCUUUGCAGCUGACUGCUGUACAGCCAUCGCACCCUCCACCGGUGGCAUUUAGUCGGUACCCGAACGUCGAGCAACAGCAGCCGUCGUCGUUCGGCAACCGUUUCUUCGGCAAACUUCGCGAGAUAACUUCCGGCAAUCAGUCACCCCCGCUCCAGGACCUGCAGCCCGUGACUUUCCGGCGACGCAACAGCGUCGGCGAAUCUGUCACUGCCAACUUCUAUCAAUACUUCAGCCAUCAACACCACCAUCAACACGGCAAAUACCAGCAACAGCAGCAACAGCACCAGCUCUACCAGCAGCAGCUCCAGCAGCAGCAGCAGCAACAGAGACAACAGGCCAAGAACGGCGGACACCUCAAGUCGGUGAUCAAGAAGAACAACAACAAGAGCCAACUCUAUCAGCAUACCUACGACGAACCCAAAAAGGUCACGUUCAGCGCCUACGCCACUGUUCAAGUGGUCGAUUAACUGUGGUAGGCACUCCCCCUUCCCCUUACAUUCGUUGUACCAUAUACAAAGUUUACUUGUGUUAUUUAACGUCAGUCGUCGUCGUGUUACCAAUAGAUUUAACCGGUCACGUUGACCGCCUGUCGGGCAAUAGGGCGUAGUAUAUACAUUACCAAAAAAUAAUUGCUCAAAUUCACUUACGUUAAUACGUAUGUUACUGUUAUGCACUUCAUACAUCUCAAUGUCUGAUCAACAUCUGAUCAAUCAUUGGUUGUGGGGCGAUUCGAUUCUAUAAAAAUGGCAAAUAAUAAAUGUCUAUAUUUAACGUUUUAAUGACAGUUUAUUUCGCCUUGUUUUCAUUUUAAUAACGAAAACAAUCGUAGCACCACAACAUACAUAUUUCGUUCCAAAUCUCGUUUUCUUUUCCCGUCAAAAACUCAAUCAUCGAAUCGAAAUCUAAUAAAUCGUUAUGGUCGCACGUCACAUCGGUCAUUGUAUUAAGAGGUCAAGUUCGUGUCUUCGUCAUCGAAGGCAUCUGUAAACUGGGCCCCAGACACGACUGUAUUCAUCGUUAAAUUACUCUACUUCCUUUUACGUGGGAAUCCUACGAUUGUUUCAUCGUUUUAUCUUCGGCCGGAAGAUAGUAAACGGACGGAAACGACAUUAAAAUACAACUCAUGUUUAUUUUAAUACAGUGGACCGUAAACCUAUAUUAUAAUCUAUAUAUUAUGUAUAUGUGUUGCACUACUGAAUAUUACGUCAUUGUUGUUCUAGUUUUGAGAAUGUGAUCGAUCAAUUAUUAUUAUUAUUCUAUUAUAUGUUUUUAACGACAAGCCAUUCACGAAUAUUACGCCCUCUUACCCGUUACGCGUUCGCGUUAUAUUCUAGUAAAGCUAUUCACUAUUCAGAUUGUUGCUCAUUAAACGAAAUACUAAUAUAUUUUUUAUAUAAUAUUAUAUAUUAUAUAUUACCUAUUUAAUAUGUCAUCGCUGGCGCGUAUAUUAUUGAAUAUUAUAUAUUAAGUUAACUUAUAUACGCAAAAUUUUAAUUGUAGACAAUAAGAGUAUAACUUAAUUUUCUUAUUAUAUCUAUCAAUUACAUAUUAUAUUUUUUUUCUGUAUAACAUAGAAAAAACGACACCGCUGCAAUCAUCAUAGAUAGCUGGUAUUUGCAUGUGUUUUUUGGGACCGAUAUUGUUUGUAUUUUUAUUUAUAAAAUUUAAUGUGCAUGUAUAGUUAUGCCGUGUAAAUACAAAAUAAUAUAUACAUAAACAUUAUACCAGUCAUUACAAGAUAUAUAAA